AUGAGCAGGUUCAAAAACCUCACCUGGCUCGACUAUCAAGCCGAUAUUCAACGCGGUCAGCCGGUUCCGAUAGACAAAUUCAGAGUGCCUGUGAUCUUACCAAAUCUUCAAACUCUUUGGUAUAAAAACCGGGCCACUUUUGAAUUUCCCUUCUCGUACCUCGUACUUCCAUCUCUCCAAUACCUCUCCCUUCACAUCUACGAAUUGCCCAGUCAAGUUCCCUUGCUUGAUAUACUGAGCCGUUACCAACAAACACUCCGCUCGUUUGCUGCUAGGGGAUGGAAACGCAGAGGAGAUCUUCCAGUGGUUCACUUUCCAUCUUGGGAUAAUUUUCCGAUUCUGGAGGAGCUCGUGCUUGAUAUCCAGUGGACCAGUUAUUUGGAACCGCUCCCUUCAGGACACCCUUUAAGAAGACUUGACGUGCGACUUGGAUCCUUCGACGUUAUUCCAUCUCUCCUGGAAAGUGAAAAUAUGCAAGAACUGAUCCUACAACGAACGCGCUGGACUGGUGAUGGUCGAUUAACGGGAAGUACUGAAGAGUUGACAAUCAGUACAGUAGAAGUCGAACAUCUAUUAGAGUGGGCAGACGAACGUGGAAUAUCAAUCAAAGUAACUUGGGAUUGGGACGAAUUCUUGAGCAGAGAUGAAGCCAUUGCGGCCGCGGCUGAAGCAAGUAACACACAAAAG